CCGUGGGACCUGCCAGACCUGAAGGACACCGGGGUCCCAUGGACAGCUUUGGACACCAGAGGGAAGGUGAUGAGAGUUUUGGUGUCAGUGGGGAAGUUUAUCCUGCUGCUGGGUUUCCUCUACAUGUUCAUCUGCUCUCUCGACAUCCUCAGCUCAGCUUUCCAGCUCGUCGGAGGUAAAGCAGCAGGCGACAUCCUUCAGGACAACACGAUUCUGUCCAACCCUCUGGCCGGUCUGGUCAUUGGUGUUCUGGUCACCUUGCUGGUUCAAAGCUCGUCCACUUCCUCCUCCAUAGUUGUCAGCAUGGUCUCCUCUGGACUUCUCACGGUCCAGCUGGCUGUUCCUAUCAUCAUGGGCACCAACAUUGGCACCUCAGUCACCAACACACUAGUCGCCAUGACGCAGGCGGGUGACCGCAGCACCUUUCGCAGGGCUUUUGCAGGGGCCACAGUGCACGACUUCUUCAACUGGCUGUCUGUGCUGGUGCUGCUGCCUCUGGAAACCGCCACCGGUUAUAUGUACUAUGUCACCAAGCUCAUCGUCGACUCCUUUAAAAUUGAGAGUGGAGAAGCCCCAGACCUGUUAAAUGUGAUCACCGAUGUCCUCACUGAGUCAAUUAUACAGUUGGAUCAGGCUGUCAUUAGUGGGAUUGCCAUCGGUGACCCAGCAGCCAGGAACAAGAGCCUCAUCAAGAAAUGGUGCCAAACCUUCACCAACACAGUAAGUCUUCAGACCUUGAUGAACGUCACAGUUCCUGGUCCCGAAAACUGCACUUCUCCGUCUCUCUGCUGGGACGAUGGCAACUACACCUUCACGCUGAAGAACAUUUCUGAAACUUACAAUGUCCAGAAAUGUAAGCAUCUCUUUGUGAAUGUGAAUCUGUCCGACCUGGCAGUGGGUCUGAUCCUGCUGGCUCUUUCUCUGCUGGUGCUCUGCUCCUGCCUGAUCCUGAUCGUCAAGCUGCUCAACUCCAUGCUGAAGGGACAGGUGGCUGCAGUCAUCAAGAAGAUCCUCAACACCAAUUUCCCUUUUCCAUUUGGUUGGGUCACAGGUUACAUUGCCAUUUUAGUCGGAGCUGGAAUGACCUUCAUUGUGCAGAGCAGUUCGGUUUUCACUUCUGCUAUUACUCCACUUGUUGGUAUUGGUGUCAUCAGCAUAGAAAGAGCAUACCCAUUGUCUCUGGGUUCAAAUAUUGGCACAACCACCACAGCCAUCCUGGCAGCUAUGGCUAGUCCUGGAGACACACUGGCUAAUGCUCUACAGAUCGCCCUUGUGCACUUCCUGUUCAACAUCUCAGGCAUCAUUCUGUGGUAUCCAAUCCCCUUCACUCGCCUCCCUAUCCGGCUGGCUAAAGGCCUGGGCAACAUCACAGCCUCCUACCGCUGGUUUGCUGGCGUCUAUAUCAUCUCCUUCUUCUUCCUUUUACCGCUCCUCAUCUUCAGCCUGUCGCUGGCUGGCUGGCAGGUACUGGCGGGUGUGGGUGCACCUCUGGUGAUCAUGUUAAUCAUCAUCUUGGUGAUCAACCUGCUGCAGAAACGGAAACCCGGGUGUCUGCCUGCAGCACUGCGAUCCUGGGACUUCCUCCCUCUCUGGGCCCACUCCCUGGCUCCCUGGGACAAAGUGGUUGGGGUAUUUACUGCCAAAUGCUGUUGCUGCUGCAAAUGCUGCCAGCUCGCUGCUGACGACCAAGAACCCGGAGAGAAAGAAUCUGUGGAAAAAAACUAUAAAUCACACACAGAGGUGUAUGAUAACCCUGCAAUGAGUGCAGAGAAAGAAGUGGAAAACGAGAUAAAUUUAGAACUAAAGAUUUUAAAAAUGACCCGACUUUGAGAUUUUAUAUAUACAUAUAAGUGCAUUGGUCAUUUGAA